AUGGUCGACCCUUCCGUUGAAGAAAAAUUAGUUAAAGAAGCUAAUUCUUUGCUCACGUCAGAAAAUCCGAUUUCAAAUUAUGAAAGCACAAAACUUUUUCAAUACGCGCAUGCAGUAUUUUACGAAACGCUUCGAUUACAUCCUGUAGUACCGAAAAAUAUGAAGAUAUGUCUUAAUGAUGAUGUUCUUCCCAAUGGCGUACCAAUUUAUGCUGGUGAUAUGGUUAAUUGGUCAACCUGGUCGAUGGGAAGGGAUGAAAGGACAUGGGGGAGUGAUGCAAAGCAAUUUAAUCCCGAAAGAUUUUUAAAUUCUGAAGAUGGGUUGAAGCCAAGUCAAUAUAAAUUCACUAGUUUUAAUGCUGGACCAAGAUUAUGUCUUGGGCAAAGUUUUGCCACAGUUGAAACCAUAAUGUUAGCGACGGCUGUAUUAAGACAAUUUAAAUUUGAAAUGGUACCGGGACAAAAAUGUCCUCCUGAUUAUGGUCGUUCUUUAACUUUACCAAUGAAAGAUCCUUUACUAGUUAAAGUUCAUUAUAGAGGAUGA